GGGAACUUGCCGGACGGGCGCGAUGAACAUCCUUUCCAAAAACGCAACAAGGGAGCGGCGACGCAACUCUUGAUGCCCCGCUGAGAUGGCUCCACUGCAACUGGAGGAUCUCCCUGUCGAGUUGAUAGCAACGAUCCUCAGUCUACUGGAUAUUAAUUCAUUGAGGCAGGCGUCCAACGUCUCAACGCGGCUCCGAGCUGUCGUCUCAAAUCCUGUCUUGAACCCAUGGAUAUCGCCCAUCAUUCAUUCUCUGGAACGUUCUUCACCCGAUGAACUGAGUAACUUGAGUGUACUAUCCACUGUACCGCGUCAUAACUGGCUCGAGAUUAUGUGCUUUGCGUCGCCACACUUCCUGCUAUUUCAAGCCACGCUACCGAAGCUGACUGAAUCUCAAUAUGAAGAGGCGUUCAAACGAAGAUUCUUACCAUCGUGGACCAAAAUAAGAAAAGAUGGAAAAUGGAAGGAAGCAUUCAUGAAGACGUUGUUCACCGUACAUCACCGCUCCAACAGCACAUGUACGACUUCGGAAGCCUGGACGAACUAUAUGACACUUAACAAGACUGGUCAUGCGAACUCAUGCCAUGCUUUUUCUCGAACAUUUAACCCGGUGGACGUAUUUCAUAACAUGAAGGUCAACUCCAAUCUAGCGCAUUUUCCCACCUCCGCCAGACUUUUAGUCAGGCUUAUUGAUGUGCGCGUCGUUGUGCUUGGCGUCCUUCAUCGGCCCACAUCCUGCCUUGUGAAUCGCAACGCACGUUUGCUGCUUCAUCCCCCCGGAGUAUCCGAUCCGCACAAGGAAGCUGGAAGUCUUUCUGAAACGUCAUCUCUGACUGACCAAGAUCAUUCAUCGGCUAGAGCUGAACCAUCCAUUCGGGUCAAUUCUCCGGGAACAUCGAUACAAACGGAAAGCCCAUGCCUUCCGGAGUCCGCAAGUCGCGUUCGAUCCGUUUCGGUAAGCCACUCUUCCCGAAGCAACGCAAGUGCCGCUUUGGCUGCACUUUUCCGAUCACGGUCAAGGGAUAGCGCUAGCCCGAGUCCUCAAGACGCUGCUAGCUUAGGGUCCGAAUUAACCGGUAGCUCCAGGGAUAGAAAGCUCCUCAUGCGUUUUCUUGGCCGUAAAGCGAGGUCUUCUAGCCGGGCUCGCAGUCCUUCUGAGAGUUUGGAUGUCGUUGCAUCGAUGCAAUCAUCACCUUCCACGGAGCAAUCUCCAGAUAUGCCAUCCCACCCUCUUCCGCCUGCUGCUGUCCCCUCAAACUCUGAACAGCCGACCUCUCUCAUGUCUUCCAGUAAUUGUGAAUCCCCUGAAUUAUGCCGCACGCAUGGAGUUUGUCACGAGCAUAGCACAAUGCGCCAUCCUACACCGCACCGUGAACACGGCGCCUACCCUAAUUAUACCCCAGGUGGUAGGGAUUGGAGGUGGCAGAGAGGGGGUCAUGGUGUCCGUCUCACGUCUCUUGGGGAACAAGAGACAGUUUUCAUAGAACCGAACGACGACGAUAGAGUUUGGAUCGGUCCUGUAUUAAUUGCCGCGCAAUUGUACCCAAGCCACGAAGCUGAGCUUUCACAUCGGGGCACCGUGCCAGAAGCCUCCGAUCUACAAGCCUUCGAGAAUGCUAUCCUUCAUUCACAGGGCAGACGUUGGGCAAGUUUCGGGUGGACCGAUCUGUGGGCUGUCGCACCUUGGCUCGCGGAGAGAAUAACCAAAAGGAUUGAAGGGGUGGGACUAGGGAUUGACUGAGGGAUGAUGUUGCUUAGGUGUUCUAGUACAGUAUUUGCGGAGUGUAAAUAGUGGACAAUAAGACUCGUUACAUGGCACAAACUAAAUGGUAUCGGUAUGCGAUUCUUUGGAUGCCGAUUAGG